UUCUCCAUUCCAUUCCCCAAACUCCAAAUCGAAAUCGAAAUCGAAUCGAGGAACAGAACGAAAUCGAAAUCGCUCGCUAAUCCCACCCACCGCCGCCGCUAAUCCAUCCAUUUCAGUGAGCUCCGGCGAGGAAGCUCGCUAGGGUUAGGGUUUCCGCGCGCAGAUUCGACCGCCGAGAGUUCUUGCUGCCUGCCGAUCCGAUCCGAUCCAAUCCACCGCCGAUUCGGUCGAUUUGAUAAAUUUCCAACCCUAGAAAUCCUCCCUCCCUGCCUGCGUAAGGCGAUGGAUCCCAGCCAGAUGAUGCCCCGGAGCUUCCCCAUGUGGCCGCCGCCGCCCCCGCCGGCCGCCUCCGACGCCAUGCCUCCGCCGCCGCUGCCGCUGCCGCAGCCCUUCCUCGCGCCGCCCCCGCCACAGCCCCAGCCCCAGCCCAACCGCGGCUGGAAGCGCAAGAACAACCCCAACAACAACAACCUCGCCGGCGGCGGCGCCUACCAGCCCCCCGCCAUCGGCGACCUGCAGGUGCAGAACCGCGCCAAGGCCCGCCGCUGGUUCAACAACCCCAACAACCCCGGCGGCGGCGGCGGCAACAACAACCCCAACAACGCCGGCGGCCGCAAGUACUUCUUCCCCAAGUCCAACAAGGCCGGCAACAAGGCCAAGGCGCCGCGCAACACCACCUCCUUCAUCAUCCGGGCCAAGCGGGCGGGGGGCAUCGCCUCGCUCGUCUCCCCCUGCCCCGUCACGCCCGCCGUGCUCCCCACCCCGCGCAUCUCCCCCUCCCGCGAGGGCCUCUCCGACAUGGCGCAGCAGCAGUGGGGCGUCGACGGCUACGGCUCCAUGAAGGGCCUCAUCCGCCUCCGCGCAUCCUCCCCCCGCCACCCCGAUGCCGAGGGCGAAGGCGAAGGCGACGACGACUCCAGCAGCGGCAGCGACGUCGAGGAGCACGUCGAGGUCGAGCGCCGCCUCGACCACGACCUCAGCCGCUUCGAGAUGGUCUACCCCGGCGGGAUGGGCAACGCCGCCGGCUACGUCUUUGAGGACCUCGACGACGAGUACGACCAGGACGUGCACGUCGCCAGGCUCGAGGAGGAGAACCUCACCCUCAAGGAGAGGCUCUUCCUCAUGGAGCAGGAGGUCGGCGACAUGAGGCGCCGUCUUGAGGCCAUCGAGGCGCGCUUUGCAGGGGCGGAUGGCGCUGCUGCUGGCAGCGCCGACAAUGCUGCUGCUGUCCUCCAGCAGAGUGCUGAUGCUGGUGCUGGUGCUGAGAAUGCUGUUGUUGUCCUCCAGCAGAGGGCUAAUGCUGAUGCUGAGAAUGCUGUUGUGGAGAAUGGCGUUGAUGCCGCGGCUGUUGCAGGCGACGCUGUAAUUGAGUCUCUGGAAGAUGCUAAUGCUAAUACUGCUGGUGCUGAAAAUGCUAAUCUACUCGAGAAAGAGAAGGGUGAUGCUGCCUCUGCUUCUGAUGACACUGUUGAGGAUGCUCUGAAGAAUGACACUGAGAUGGAUGUCGCUGCCUCUGCUUCUGCUAACGCAGUUGAGUUUGCUCUGAAGAAUGACACCGAGAUGGGUGAUGCUGGCAACUUGGUUGAGGAGGCUCUGGAGAAUGUCGCGGCGGCGGCUGAUGUCGUUUCUGGUGCUAAUAAUGCAGUCAAGGAGUCUGACAUUACCAGGGGUGAUGUAGAGCAGGAGAAGAGCGCUGAGGACAUGUCUGGUGCAGGUUCAGAGAAGAAGGUUGAGGACAUGGCCGGUGCAGGUUCAGAGAAGAAUGCAGAGAUGGCUGAUACUUCUGGAAGUGGAGAGGAAGACGGCAAGGAGCAGGCCUGAUGCUCCAGCUAGAAAACGGUGAAUAGAGCAAGCAGGCCUCUGCCUCUGAUGAUGAGGCUCCUGCUUGGAGAUGGAAGAUGGACAGUGGAAAAAUGCACAAGGGUUUCCUUCCCUGGUUGUUUGUUACUGUACAUACUUGCAGAUGAAGCCAUGCGGCGUGUUUCGGUUUUGUGGGACUGAAACGUCGUGUGACCGAGGCGGUGGUUUGUCGGCGUCGGUGAUGUUAUAUGUUUGUUGCCAUUUUGAGUUCUCUAUAUCUGGAACCUGUAGUGUUUUAGCUAGCUAAGCUGCUGCUGAAGGUGGUAGUAAGAUACUCCUAUGGAUUUGUUGUUACUGUUAAGAUGAUGUUGUCAA